UCUUUCCUAUUGCGUUGAGCUUCAGUUCCUUGUUGGUUCUUGAUGACAGCAAAAUGGCUUCCUCUCCAGACACAAAUUCAGUACUGUCGUGCCUGAGCAACAUAGUGCUAGACGGAGAUGACCAGUUCCUACAAGACCUGCUGCAGGACAGCGCAUCGUCGAUAUCGCCGUCAUUCAAGUGCAGCUGCAGCGAGGGUGCGACCGCCACCUGCAGGUGCACCGACUGCAGCGACCUGCUGUGUGAGUCCUGUGCCAGCGCGCACCUCACCCUCACACCCACCAAACACCACAUCGUUGUCAGGCUCGACAAUGACAGUCCCAUCCACUCCACAUCAUCCACAUCCCGGCAGGGCACCAGUCCCAACGGAAUCCUCUACUGUGACGUCCACCUCAACGAAGUCAUGAAAUUCUACUGUGAUAACUGUUUGAUGCCGAUUUGUGCCGACUGCUCAACAAAAGAGCAUCGCACUCACUCCAUUGUCUACUUGCAAGACGCAAUCGAAGGAUCUCGUAUGGCCGGCUUGAAGCUUCUGACCGAUUCGAAGAACGGUGCGCAGGCUGUCAAAGACAGCAUCGAGAUGACACAGCAACUGCUGGUCUCGGUCAACAUGAAGGCCGACCUCAUGACACGCGACAUCCAGUCCAGCUCCACAAAACUGCAGACCGCCAUCAAGGAGAGAGAGACUGAGCUCAUCGUACAGGUCGAGAAGAUCAGACUGGCCAAGGUCAGAGUAUUGGCCCAACAACUCGACAGUCUGCGUCAUGCAUUCAGCAGAUUCCUCUACACUUCUGAACAUUUGACUGAAGCUCUCGAACUGGGCUCGCCUAUGGACCAACUGCAAGCCAAAGCUCAGGCUUACAAGGAUUUGAGACUUCUAAAUGCUGUUAAAAUGAGCUUUCAGCCUCAAGAGGAUGACUGCAUGUCAUUUGUGCCACCCAACUUCGAUGUGAUGAAAGCAGUGACUACUUACGGAGAUGUCGUCAGCGCAAGCUACCCCACCUCCAACCUCAACAUGGCUCUCGGCGAGGGUUUGGUGAUGCAGGCUGUCAGAGGGCGACUAUCGGCAACCACCACGUCUUCUCUGAACUCGUAUCCGAAAAAUAGUUUCUACAAUGAUCUAAUCACCAACGGUCACGAAGUACCUUGUCUUCCGGGUAUCGAGAAAAGUGUAGCUGCUGGUGAGAUUGGCGAUAAGCGCGACAUUUGCAAGUUUGUCGGCUACAGAUCGAAGCAGCCCGAGGGUGUGGCCAUCGCGAGGGGAAGGCCGAUCGUCGGCAUCAAAUUCCCGCCAGUCUGUUUGUAUUAUGGAAGGAAUAAUGUGCACCCGGGUCCGCCGCUGCUGACAUUUGGAGAGGAAGGGUACGGCGACGGCCAGCUGUGUCGGCCAUGGGGCGUCUGCUGCUCCAAGGAGGGCAACAUCAUCGUCGCAGACCGCAGCAACAACCGCAUCCAAGUGUUCAACGGCAACGGGCACUUUCUCUUGAAAUUCGGAAAGCACGGAAACGAGCCUGGCGAGUUUGAUAGGCCGGCUGGAGUUGCUGUCAACCCACUGGGUCACAUCGUGGUGGCCGACAAGGACAACCAUCGUAUUCAGAUUUUCACUAAAGACGGACAAUUCUUGUUCACGUUUGGAGAGAAAGGCUGCAAGAACGGACAGUUCAAUUACCCGUGGGACGUGGAUGUCAAUGAGAGUGGGCUGAUCGUCGUCUCCGACACCAGAAACCACCGCAUCCAACUGUUCACCUCUGACGGAUCCUUCAUCAACAAGUACGGUUUCGAAACGUCGACUGGUAUGUGGAAGCACUUUGACUCGCCGCGCGGCGUCUGCUUCGGGCCCAAGGGAAUCAUCAUCGUCACCGACUUCAACAACCAUAGGCUCGUUGUCAUCGAACAGAACUUCACGCAGGCGCGUUUCUUGGGCAAUGAAGGGUCCAACACGAAGCAGUUCCUGCGUCCCCAAGGGGUCGCCGUCGACGGUGACGGCCACGUCAUUGUGGCCGACUCCAGAAACAACCGCAUCCAGGUUUUCGAGAACAACGGCAGCUUCCUGUGCCAAUUUGGAGGAUCUGGCAGAGAUGCCGGUUUGCUGGAUAGACCGAGCGGCAUCAGUCUCACUCCGGACGGUCGCAUUGUUGUAGUCGACUUUGGCAACAAUCGUGUCCAGGUAUUUUAGAACCGCUCAUGUGAUCACACUCAAAAACGUCCCAAUUUUUAUAGGAAAAACAAAUUCUCAUGUGUAAAAUAAACACAUGGAAAUUUCGAACAUGCUUUUUUUAGUUGAUAUUAUGUCCUGGUAUGAUUGGUAACAUGCAGACUGUACUACUUUAAUUUUUCAAAAGACACUCCAACGGAGUUGGGUUUUAUUUACAUGACCAUUAUUCAAUGCAAAAUUGGAAUCAACGUCACUUUUAUCGUAAAUAUUCCAAGAUAUUAUUUUUUAUCUUGAGAAAAUGACUAGCUUUAGUUUUUAUGUUUCUUAUGAAGUAAUCAUUGAAUAAGACGUGAGGUUAUCUAAUAAUCACAAAACUCUAAAGUUUUGUCUAAAUCAUUCUUUAAUGUUAUUGAUGUCAGAGAUCGAUAACAGUAUUCUCGGGAAUGCACAUAAUCCAUUUUGACUGUGACAAUAUACAAGUUAUUGUACCAUUUAAGAAAACGUAACUCAGUUUUUAUACUGAAAAUCGGUGGUAUUAUUAUCUAGGCACUAUUAUAAACUUUUCAAAAUAGUAUUUUGAAAGUCAUGUGCCUAUCAAUGAAGCUUUUCGAGUCCUACCUUGUGAGUAGGAGUUCAGUGGGAUUCCACUCGAUCAAUCCCCAAUUAAUGGUAAUUCAUGAGACUUAUGUAAAAAGACUUGACUGAAAAAACAUUAACGGUCGUGUUUUUUCUAUAUGGAUUUUAUUUAUAGCAAAAUUUUAAAUAAGACUGAUUUAUGUAAAAUAUAUUUUACGGGUACAAUAAGAAGAAGACUGAUGUUCAAUAGACUGAUGAUAAUUGUCAAAAGUACCAUGAAAGAGAGCAAUCAACUGAGACUUGACAGUGUGUUGGGAAGCGUUCAUUAUCUAUACAAAAUAUAAUAAAAGACUGUCAGGCAUUAUUCCAAAUAAUUAUAUGUUGAUUAUGGAAUUUAUUUCUGUCAAAAGCAUUAUUAUUGAUGAACACUUUCUCUAAUGUUAUGUCUAAUCCAAACUAUAAAAUAUGAACUGGAGUAGGCCUACUGUUUUUAUGGAGCAAAUAUAAAGUUAAUUAGUGAUAAACUUUUGUAUUAGUUUUGCGUUUCAGCAGCUAACCUCUUCUAACUGAAACUAACGAAAAAUGACAGAUGCGGUACUCAAAACUCUCUUGGUGGAAAUUCGGUUUAUAAUAUUUCAUGUUAACUUUUGAAAAAUUAUUUUAAACAAUUUGUAAUUUUGUCUUCAUGUUUAAACUAAAAACUUCAGUGUAUUUAUGUAGGCCUAUUUUAUUAUAAACUUGAAAGUUCGUCUAUUAGUUUCAGUUGAAAAAUUCCUUCUAAAGUUUCUUAUCUUGGAAAAAGUUUGCAUUAGUCAUCAUAAUUAGAUUUUGUUACAUCGCAUGGAUACAAUGUUAAAUAAAUGCUCUCCAACAUACUGUUUGAUAAACAUCUCGAUUAUGGUUUUCAAAUAGGAGUGUUUCUUCCAAAAUCAAGUUGAGGACAUCAAUUUAGGAAAUACACACAUAGUAAUACUUAGUACCUUUAGUUCUGAUAGACACAAAUCAUGACAUUUCGAAAGAUUCUGUAGACGUUUUAUGUCAUAGUCUUCUAUUGCAAUUUAUUGUAGAGAUACACUCUUGGAGGUCUAUGAAUCUGUCAUUUAUGAAAUUCUGCAAAGGAUGAAUCGUUGAUGCACUCAAACUUUAUAAGUGUUGAGUGUCAAUCAGAUCAUUCAGUGCAAUAAAAUUCACUGAUAUUCAAAUAAUUAUUAUGGCUAAUUGGUCAAUAUCAGUGAUAACAAAUGGUAUUCAUUUCAAUUUUAUGAUACUCAGAUGCUGUAAUGAUUGAGCAUAAGUGAAGGAUAUAGUAAAUGUACAUAGUUAAUAUGCCUUAUUCGUAAUCAGAUAUUAAAGUGUUAAUGAAUUAAUAAAAACGUUAUUCAACUUAAAUCAUAUCGGGAAAGUUGGCUUAGCCUAUAUCUUGGAGUUUUCAGAAUAGCCAUAGUUUAUUUCAGUUUUGAUGUUAUAGAAUGAUUUUGAAAGAAAUUAUAUUUAUUGAUGUUUUCUAAUUUCUCGUGAUAGUGUUAUGUAUGUGACAAAUGAAUAUAAAUACCUCUCUGUUUCUACCAAAAGAAGACAUUCAGUUUAGAUACUUACCGGUCAAAAUAGGUAGUUAGUCUCUUAUUGUUUAAUAAACACCAACCAUGGUGUUCUCUAAUUUGAGAGAAAAUUUAUUCAACUGACAAAUGAAUUAAAAAAUGUUCUGCUCAAUAUCGUACUCAUUUUUAAUUUGAGUUUCAUGGAGUGCCAAUGUGUUUAGUUAUCGAAAUCUGUAAAUAGGUGAAAUUUUCGUUAUACUCUGUUAUACUUUUUAUAUUUUUUAGAAUAGUUCUACUUUUUAGUGUUUGUAUAGUGAAAGUAAUUGUAUGUUACUUUGUAUUUUGUGACUAGCACAUUUUGAAUACUAACAUUAAUAUUAUUCUUGAAUAAAUUUACCACAGUAUGUGUGUACAAAGAAAUGAAAUAAUGCUGUCUCCCUUAGAGAGCGCGUUCUAUUAUUGAUAGAUAUUUCGAGUAAGAAAUUUAAAUUUUUAGUUAUUUGACAACAUUUUUUAUGUAUGUUUUGUUAAUGUAAAUACUGCAAUUAGAAAGCUCAUUUCACGCCAUCAUUGGCGAAUGAAUUUGUUUAAUUUAUGUUUAUUUGUUUCGGCCUCGAGUCAUGUUAAAAACGUCUCUAUUAGAUUGCAGAAUCUAAUCAGUUGAAAAAAUUAAAAUAUAUAUUUACCUCAUGUACGGUACUCACGAUGUUUGUAAAAAGGUUAGCAGACCAAAUUAUUCAACUAUUCUAAAUUGUUCAAAAUCGAUUGAUAUUAUUAGCCUUGAUAGUAAUCAAAUUAUUCUGUUUCAUAGUUUGAUGAAUGGAAUAUAUCACAAGCUAUAAUUUUUUGGGGGGAAACAAGUACUGUCUUCCACUAAUGAAUUGCACUAUCAAACGAUAGUCUGAAAAAUAAAUCAUCACUGGAAUCAAUUCGGAAGAAAAAAUAUAUUAUGUUACUUGCAAAUUAUUUUAUCUGUUAUCAAUCAUCUCAACCAAAUAUGUUAAUGCGAUUUUAAAAUUUGCCUCCACCAUUAACAGUACCAUCAGAUGAAUUCCAAUAAUGCCAAAGUUUGAUUUUAGACAUUUAGUUUCUCAUAACACAACAGCUAUACUUUCAGUAUUAUUUUUAAUUAGUUCAUUAAUUUUCUGUACCGGGUAUUCAUAGUAGUUUAGUAUCAACUUAGAGAACAAUAUUCCAUAGAUGUUGGUCAGUCGAAUAUUAUUAAUCAAAAUAGAUUAUUCUUUAUAGACUUGUAUCUAAUACAAAUUAAUAUGAUUCCAGAGAUCAGUAAUGUUAUCUACAUAGAAUGUUGUAUUCUGUAAUAUGAUAUGUGUAAAUACUUGACGCAAUAACAAUAUUGUAUACGCUAUAUACUAUAUAGCUGUGACGUGUCUCUGUCCCAAAAGUCAGUGUAAUUAGGGAUUAAUUUUAUCGUGGACAAUCAUCAAACGUAUUUCAUCAAAAAUAAUCAAGUAUCGAUUCCGGUUCUAGCGAGUACAAUAACUCUAAUGUUUUUGAAACUAAUGCUGGAUGAUUUUGGUAUCAUCCAUACCAAGAAAUACCAAAACAGAUAUUUUACAUGAGUUUUGCUUAAAUUGAUACGAUUCGCUAUUCAAAAUAAUAUUUAUUAAAGUUGAAGAAAUAUUUGCAGACAUAUGUCCUAGACGUAGAAUGUAGUUAAUUGUAUUAGCCUGCCCAAAAUCAGCACACCUCACAACUUAAUAAUACAAUUGUUCCAAGAUUCGGAGUGAGACUAUUGGUUUUAAUUAAUUUUGACAAAUUUAGAACAUUCAUAUUCAUAUUGUCUCUCCAUGUAAAUAAAUCAAAGGGAUUUUAACCAGACGAAUAUCAAUGAGUUGCUAUUUUAAUGUUAUGUACACUAUUUAGUAGUAUCGUGGUUUUUAAUUGAAGGCAGUACGACAUGCUUAUUGUUUGUAGGGGUGUAGGGGUGUCUCACUAACUGAGAGACUUAAACAUGCCACCUCACUGAAGUACAUACAAAUUCUCGUUAGUAUGAUGAUAUAUGAUAUUGAUCUCAUUUAAUUUCACAAUUGUGAUUUUCUCAACACUGCAACAUACCUUUUGAAGCUUGCACAUGAUAUUGAUUGCACAAGACUGAAGAAACUCCCAAAUAAUACUAUUGGCAUCAAGACAGCUCAAACUUUGAAUUACUCAAACCUAUUUGGGUAUUUUUUCAUCGGUUCAUCGGAACAAGUGUACAGAUAGUUUAUAUUCAUGUAUUACAUGUGAGUGUUGUACAAUCUAUCUCAGUAAUAUAGAUUAGGUCAAAUGUUGGAUUGAUCUUUACAUUAAAUAUUAUUAAUAAUAUACUUGAUCAAUUAUAUUGAGUAUCCAAUACUUCCAUUUGUAGUGUGCCAGUUUUAGCAAAAGAUAUCUACUUAGAAGUUAUCAUUGAAUAUUUGUGUUUGAUUUUUGAGAAGAGCUUCUUUAAAUAUUUAUUGUAUAAGAUGAUCAUUCAUCAAUAGAAUUAUUAGCAUGUAUUAACAAAAACUUUUAUCAAUAAUUGAAAAGCAAUUCUUCUUGUUCAAUGUGUUAUAGCUCAUCUAUUACAAAAGCUUAGUGUAGAAAAUACUUAGUUUGAAAGGUACUUUAUAGAAAUAGUAAUAUUGUAUGUUGAUAUUGUCCUGAAUUUAGAAUUCAUGAAGUUAUAAUUUCUUGGUUAAGGUAGUAUAUUCGUCAAAAUAAUCUUCAUUAAAUAAAUACGGUAUGUUACUUGAAUACAAAUAAAUGCUUACAGCUAAUAUAAGAGAAGUUUGUUUGACUUCCCUUAUUUUUUGCUUCGUUUGAAUUUUGGAAUUGUAGACUAAUGAAGUCUCAAGAAGAUACGUUUAGUUUCUUUGUUUUAUCCUGGAAUAGAUUACUUAAGAUUGAGUUCGGUUAACAUUUUUCUCAUACAAGCCAUUAAAUUAGUCAUUUCAUUGAAUAAUUCAAUAAUGCUAAAAAAUUAUUAUGAUCAUGUUGAGAGUCUGCGAUGGCUAAAAUCUGUUUUUAAUUCUAUAAUUUCUCGAGAAACAUUCUGUUAUUAUGCUUGAAGAUUAUAAUUAUUUUGUGAUUGGAAAAUAUUUCAAUUUCCUUAUUUUGUGAUCAAGCCAAGUAGUAUGCCAGUUGAUUUUUAAACUUAGCCUAUGAUAUUCAAGCUGAAAGCUAAAUCAAAUUCAUGCAAUUGCCACAUUUUUGAAAAAUGAGAAUUCAGUGUACUACUUGAAUAAAAUGAAUGUCUUUCAAAAGUGGUUAGCAAUAAUUUGAUCCAACCCUCAAAGGGUAUUCUGAAUAUGAUAACUAAGUAUGUAGAAAUUUAUUUUAUAUCAGUUUAUAUUUGGUUGUUAGUUAAAUGUUUAUUUGAGAAGUGUUCUUUAUGGUCAUUGUGUUUAUAGUCAGAAAAAAAUAUUAUUGUUAAAUUUAUUUCUAAAUAAUUUACUUGUGAAUUUGAAAAAUCGAAACAAUUUCUGUUGAUGUAAAGACUUAAUCUCUUUAUAAUAAUGUAACUACUGAAAGAAUGGUCGCAAUAUUUAUGUUGAUUUUCAAUGGUGCAAAUAACUGAAAGAUGUAAGAGCUGGAGGUUUCCAAUUAUAAAUAAGAAUCUAAUCGAAUUUCUGUACUAAAUGACAUCAAGCUACUUUGAGACUCGAUUCACCAGUUUCUUUUAUAUGUCGAAGCUGAUUGCUCUUGUGUUUUCUCCUAAGUGAAUUUAAUUAUUAUUGUUUUCUAUUUGAUUUCUGGAAUAAGAAAGUUCCUUUAGUAUUUUAAUGUAUACUAUUAGUUUCACUGUAUUCAUUAAAUGAGUAGUUAUUGUGAAUUUAAAUAUUAUGGACAAUGUUUUGUUUGAGUCGUAGUGUAGUAAAAGGUUUAAUAAUCUGGUGAUAACAUUUUCAUUGGUAAUUCUGUGCUGGAGACAUCAAUCAUAAAUUAUGAUGGCAUUAAUAAUAAUUGAUAUUAAUAAAAAUGGAAAAUGUUAUCUGGUAGUUGUCAGCUCACUUUGUGAGUUGCUUUGUUGAUUGACUAUGAGGUUGAGGCCUGGUCCAUGUUAUUAAUUAUAGGUACUGAUGUACAAUGCAUACUCUAUAAGACUGACAAUCCACGCCUACCUCAUUCAUAUAUAAAUAUAUAUAUAUUAAAUGUUUAAGAAUGAUUCGUGUUUGAACUAGUAAUGUUUUCUAUAUAAGCUAAUUACAUUAUAUUCCACCGUUUCUCCUAUGAUUGCGUCAUUAUUUGUAAAAGACUGACUGAUCUUAAUUUACCAUUUUCCUACAAACAAUCCGGUUUGAUUGUGAAGUAUGUUAUUGUGCCAUGUAUAACGCCCAGUACUAACUUACAAGAAACAAACAAGAUUUUUGAAACUUAAUUUGAAACAAACUAUUCAGAGUAUGAAUCAAUUUCGUUCUCACCUUCUAUCAAUCUGUGUAGAUAUUUUGAUCCCUAAGAACUGUAAUAAUUUUGUUCUUAUGCGAUAAGUAAGAAAAAUUAUGUUCGUCACUUUUUUAUAGCAAUGAAUACUUUUUAGGGUAAGUUAGCAAUAUUAAUCAACAUUAAUACAUUGGUGUCAUCACGCCAUCUGGUAUUACUUUUCAUUUUGUAUUGAUUUCUUGAUUCAACAACACGUUGGUACUGGUGUAAUGUUGAUGUAUUCUCUAUUUUAUAAGUGUAGUUUGUAUUGUCUUAAUGAUUCUUUUACUAGGUUAAACCUUGCGAUUGUUAUUGCUACCUAUCACUCUGAAGGUAUUUGUGUAAUUGAUGAGAAGCUUGUUUUAAAGUAACAAUAAAGCUGAUAUUACUUGAA